UUUAACGCUACCGACAAACGUAUGCCAGCAGGUGCUACACAAACUAAAUUGAUAAGAUCGAUUAGUGUGUGACGGUUUGGCGGUAUUGUAUCUUAUUUGUAAUGGAACGUUUGAUGUCAAACAUAGAAGACAUGUUUUCAAUUUUUGCGUUCACGUGCCUUGCCGCGGUGCUACCAAGUAUUGCACGAGCGGAAUUCUGUGCAUAUGUGAUAACGCAAGACUGCUUCUUCCUCCCUGACAGGAAUAACGUCUGCGGCACGAACGGAGAGACAUACAGAAACAACUGUGCCUUGGCCAAGGCUUACUGCCACGACAUGUCUAUCCACAAGGCCCAUGACGGCCCAUGCGGUACCGUGUCCACCACGCCUACACCCGUGGACGGGUCACAUGUGGUCAUGGACAUAUUCUGUCUUGAUUUAGUGUACACGACGUGCAAGACAGGCGGUACGCAGAUCUGUGGAAGCAAUGGGAAUUUCUACGCAAACGUAUGCGAAUUCGACAAGGCUCGUUGUCUGAAUCGUAGUUUGACCUACGGUACCAACUGCCAGUAACACAACAAACAGUCAUGCUAUUAUAAAAACACAAUACAGAUUAAAGAAACUA